CCCCGACCUCACAUCGGUUACUCCAUUCCUCCAGUCUGGUUUUCUGCAGAUCUCCAUCAGGCUGCUGACUACGGAUUCUGGUCGUAAUUGCCUUGGCAAGCUUGGCGCUAUCCAUCUGCUAGUCUUCGUUGCUGCAACUGUGAAACUUUUCCUCUCGUCAUUUUUCUGAUCUCUUACGUGGUGUCUCGGUGCUCUUGGAGUCGAAGCGACCAUCGCGAUGGCUGCGAUAUUAGAGGCAUCGCUUGCCGCGACAACCCUGUCCGCCAUCUCCCGCCCACCACUCUCCUCCGCCUUCAUACGCACGGAACGCGCGCCUCUCACCACCGCGCUCCGCGCUAGUCGAUUCAGCAAGCGCACCCAUGGCAUCGCCGUGCGCCCCGCUGCUUCCGCCUCCUCCUCCCCCUCCCCCUCCUCUUCGCCGUCAUCUUCCCACUCCCAAGCCGCGUACUCGUUCGCGUAUUCCGAGGCGCCAACCGCCACUCCCUGGGGCUCGUCGACGUACGAGGAGACGACGUCGGAGCUGUCGAGCGAGGAGUCAUCGGAUGAGGGCUCGCGGAAGGACUUGAUGCACGAGGCGGUGCGCCGCCUCGCCGACACGGACGUGGCGGAGGCCGCCUCUAAGUACGGGCUGGAGGACGAGCUGUUCGGCGAGAUCGACUUCGCGCGGAUCAGCUCGUUCACCAAGGAUCCGUUCGGCGGCAACCCGGCGGCGGUGUGCUACUUGCCGUACCACCCGUCGGACGAGUGGCUUCAGAAGGUCGCCGCGGAGUUCAACCUGUCCGAGACCGCCUUCCUCGUGCGCCGCCGCGCAAGCUCCCCGCCGCCCCCGCGCGGGCUGGACGACGAGUGGGCAGACUCCACGCAGCAGCGGCAGCCGCUGGUCGCGGCGGACGAGCGCGGCGCGCUGCGGCCCGUUAAAGUGGCGCCGAGCGUGCCGAUCAACGAGUUCGACCUGCGCUGGUUUACGCCCACGGUCGAGGCGCGUCUGUGCGGGCACGCGACGCUAGCGGCGGCGCAUCUGCUCUUCUCGUCGGGCCUCGUCGACUCCGACGAGGUCGUCUUCCACACGCGCUCCGGCCGCCUCGCCGCGCGCCUCGUGCCCGAGGACGAGGCGCACCUGGGCGGGCGCGACCGCAAGCACCACACGAGCCGGCGGAACAAGCGGCGCGAGUGGGAGGCGGAGGCAGAGGCGGACGAGGCGGUGGGAGUCGGCGGGCGGCGGCGGCCGAGCGGGAAGGCGAUUGUGGAGCUCGACAUGCCGCUGGCCGCGGCGCAGGCGCUGCCGCUGGACGAGUGGGCGGCGGUGGAGGAGGCGAUCGGCGUGGUGGCCGGCACGGCGCUGUUCGUGGGGCGCAGCAAGCUGCACGAUAUUAUGGUGCACGUUCCCCAGACGACGACGGUGUUGGAGCUCGACCCCUCUCUCAAGAAGGUUGCGCUGCUGCCGUGCCGCGGCGUGAUCGUGACGGCGGCCGCCAGCCACGUGGACGCCGACAUCAAGGCGGCGGGCGGCAGAGCGGCGGCGCUGGACCCCAACAUCGACUUCGUGUCGCGCUACUUCGCGCCGCAGUCCGGCAUUGACGAGGAUCCCGUGACAGGCAGUUCGUUCUGCACGCUAGGCCCCUACUGGUCGGAAAUCUUGGGGCACAAGCAGAUGCUGGGAUACCAGGCGUCUUCCCGAGGCGGCAUGGUGGCGGUGCGCGUGGACGAGGCGGGGGGCCGGGCGUUCCUGCAGGGGUGGGCGGUGCUGGUGAUGGCAGGGGUGGUGAUGAACACAGCGUCGCCCGCCAUCACUCACCCAGCCACUACCUCGUGAACUCCGCCGCUACCUCACUCCCAUCACUACCCUGCUCGUUAUGCGAUGGCUGCUGUUUCGCUAGGAUCUCCACGCUGGAGAUUUUCCGAAUGAGAUACUGUGUGCUUGGAGCAAGGGAGCAGGGUGUGCUGAGAUGUGUUACACGUGUGAUUUAUUGGGUGGGAAGGGACGGGAAAGGGGUUGCUAUUCGUGAGAAGAAUGGGAGGGUAAAUAGUCUACUUGAACUUCCCUAAGUUGAAUUGUUAUACAGUACCAUACCGUGCCUGGUUUGUUUAUUUCUUCCUUAGAAGUGUGUUACCUGUCAAACCGUCCAUUUUUCAUCAUCCUU